GAUCGGGCCCAGCCCAGCCCGUCAAGCCGGCCGCCGGGGGAAGGAGCGGAGAACUAGGCUCCGCUUCCGCCUUUCCCCUCCAGCAAGCCGCCGCCGUCGUGGCCUCGUGGGGGGGAUCGCGACGGGGUGAGGCGGAAGAGAGAUGGCGAAGUCGUGCAAGGGGCUGGCCAUGGAGCUCGUCAAGUGCCUCAGCGAGACUGACUGCGUCAAGGUGCAGAAGAGGCCGUACAAGGAGUGUGCAGGGGAGAAGGUGCCCAACAUCACAAGUGAGUGCGUCGGACUGCGGGAGACCUACUUCAACUGCAAGAGGGGCCAGGUUGACAUGCGAGCCCGGAUACGUGGGAACAAGGGAUACUAGCUGUGUGCCUGCAAUGUCCUCAACCAGUUUUGGUUUCUAGCCAUUCUUGUGAUUUGAGGUGUAAUCAUGUCACACUGUACUCUGUCUGCAUUCUAAUGUUGAUAGGAGAGUAACUCGGAGCAAAGGGUAGGUUCAAAUGAUGAGAGGCGCGUCUCAAUUUGGCCUCUAACAUAUCUUUUGGAGAGAGAAAAAAACAUGGUUGGAAAUAGCCCGAUAUAGCCCGCUAAUAGCUUUUUAGGA